CUCUUUUCAGCUAACACAGGUUUCCCUUUGUCUAUAUAUGAUGUGACGUCAUGAAACAUUUAUCUCGGAUGGCCCAAAUUUUCAAGAGCCUCUUCUUAAGCUACAAGUGUAAAUACUGUAGGCCGUUCAUUGCCCCCUCAUUUUAGUGAAGUUGCACUUAAAGGAACUGUACCCUCAUUCAUUCCCAGUAUUUAUGCUAUACCAGCAGAAGCCAUUGACAAGAAUGGAAUUAUUCUUACAGAAACACAGAUUAUGCAGUCAGCAGCUCUGGACAUACCUGUUACUGACCAAGCUUAUUCAAAGCCUAGCAACAGUAUCACAGAGGUCAGUACCUGGGGCUGCUGGUUAUCUGCACAAGAAGGAGACUCCUUUACUCCAGCUGCACUUCUAAAUUCCCCAGGAACAGUGACGGGACUGAGACCGGCCACCUUGUACAGAAUCGCUAUCAGAUCCAUACAUCCAGGAGGAAAAAGCCAGCCUUCACCUUUCAGAAAAGCAGAAACAGCAUUCAUCCCUGGCUACUCCAGUUCUGGUAGUUCUACGAGUUGUCACUCCGUUGCAGUGAGCUGGAAAGCUGUGUAAAUGGCAGCGGGAUUCUCUGGGUCCCUCGUGAGAUGGGACCGUGGGAGCAGAAUGCUGAAGGAGAACACCACCAGUGCCUCCUGGAUAUUUACAAAUCUAGAUCCAGGAACUCUCUAUACUAGCAAGGCAUGUGUCUGGAAUGUCAGUGGGAUAUCUGGAGAUGAUGUCACAUAUAACCAAAGAACAAUUCCUGGUGCACUGGUGAAUAUAUCAAUUGAAGAGGAUGAAUUUGGCCGCUUGCUGAUAUCAUGGUCUAGUGUCAGUUUUGGUCAUUAUUGUGUUGACAAUGGCUUGGAAGUGCACCGCAACACACCACGUACUCAAUGCUAUUUCCAGGCAGACUGCAGCUUUACGUAUCUCACUACUGACUUGGCAUAUAGUGAGGCAGGGCAGAGUCCUAUAGGCGAUGAAUUCAGUUACACUACUGUCAUCUACAGAGGACAGCGCAGUGCAGAGCCAACACACCCAGAUGGAAAUCCUGGCACAGCUGGAAAGACGACAUCUGUGCUUGACUGCAACAGUCCCAGCCGUUUGAGCAGUGGGAGGAGGGAUGCUGAGCAGCGAGCUACGUCUGCAGUCUAA